AUGCCGAUGUCGCCCUCGCAGCGAGCAGAAAGCAGCAGCGGCGGCGUCUACAAAUGCAUCCACGGGCCGAGGGUGGCCAUCCGCUCAGCGCCCUCCGCGACGGCGGCGGUGCUCGACACCAUCCACCCGGGCACCCUGCUGCGCAUCUCCGAGGUGCUGGGCGGCUGGGCGCGCCUGGACGAUGACGAGCUCUGGGCCCGCUGGACCGCCAACUGGCCCCGCUGGCCCAAAGGUGUUACCGAGGAUGGCGAGGAUGUGGCCGGCGACCAGGCGUUGCCGGAGAAAGCCUUCAUCCUGGUGGACGGCUCUCAGGUGGGCUUGAAGACGCAGCUCCUGGAGCGUCUGAAUGAUGCGGAGGCCCAGCAGGCGCGGUGGCCCUUCCGGGAGGCCAUGGAAAUCCGGUGCCUGGAGGUGAACCUGGCCGCGCGGCGGAAGGAGCCUGGCGCCGGAGCGCUGCUGCGGAAGAGGUUCGUGGAUGCCGCCCUUCGCUACGUCGGGACGCCCUACCAUCGCAGCUUCCACGACCCCGCCAGCUCGAAGUGCAAGCCUGGGAGUAGGCUCAAAGAUGCCCCGCUCUUCUUGGACCACAUGCAGCUGAUUCAGAAGGCGGUGGAGGAUCUGAAGCAGGACUUUGGCUUUCUGCUGAUCUCGAACUGCAAGCCCCAGCACUGCCGACGGACGCUGCCGGUGUCUUUUGAGGACCCGGAGGAUUGUGAGCCGGGCGACCUCGUCUUCUACGAGGAGCUCGAUGAGGGUGGCCCCUCCGGCAAGAUCUGUCAUGUGGAGAUCUUCCUGGGCGGGGACUCGGGCACGGAGAGCCUGGGAUCCAUGGCGUGGAAUGCCCACAGCCGCACCAAAGACAUGGACGGAGUGCAAAUCUUCGAAGACUUCAGGAUACCCAAGGAGAGUGGCAAAGCUGGCUACCGCUAUCACUGCCACUCCAUCCAGAGCUGGCUCUUGUCGGAG